UUCAACCCGGACAGACGCCAGGACCACGACAUGCUUUCUAUAUAGAUAUAUGAAUAAAUAUAUAUAUAAAAUAUCGAUCAACGAAUAGUUUAUAUAGUGGUUUUUUUUCGUGGGUUUUUUUACGUGUGUGACUUUGAGUGCUGUACAGCAGUGUUAGUGCGGAAGAUUGUACCCUUGGAGUGUUUUUAAAAGGAAUUUGGAGAAAAUGUGGCCACCCAGAUUGCUCCGAUGGACGGUGACCAUCCUGCUGAUUGUAGCUGUCAUCUCACCAACCACAGACUCUAGCCAGGUCCGCAGAAGACUACGCAAGCCAUCAAAAGUAUCCACAUCAGUGACAUCCAGUGUAUCAAGAUCCUCAGACCAGGUCAUAUCAGCAAGCGUGAACAGGCCAAAGAUCCGUGGUCGCCCCAGCAUAGCCAGUCGCAAGUCGUCUGCAGCUAUAGACAAUUCAGUUGGUACUGAGGACCAUAAGGAUAAAGAUGGAUAUAAGAUCGUCUGCUACUACACCAACUGGUCGCAAUACCGCACCAAGCUGGGAAAGUUCCUUCCCGAAGACAUCCAACCUGACCUUUGUACCCACAUCAUCUUCGCUUUCGGAUGGCUGAAGAAGGGCAAACUCAGCUCCUUUGAGUCCAACGACGAGACUAAGGACGGAAAGACCGGCCUUUACGACAGAAUCAACGCGUUAAAGAAGGCUAACCCUAAGCUGAAGACUCUUUUGGCCAUUGGUGGCUGGUCGUUCGGUACCCAGAAAUUCAAGGAAAUGUCGGCGUCCCGCUACGCAAGACAGACGUUCAUCUACUCAGCCAUCCCUUACCUUCGCGACAGAAACUUCGAUGGACUCGAUGUCGACUGGGAGUACCCCAAGGGAGGCGAUGACAAGAAGAAUUACGUCCUCCUGUUGAAAGAACUCCGUGAAGCCUUCGAAGCUGAAGCCCAGGAGGUGAAGAAACCUCGUCUGCUCCUCACAGCCGCCGUGCCAGUGGGUCCUGAUAACAUCAAGAGCGGAUAUGACGUGCCUGCAGUAGCUAGCUAUCUGGACUUCAUCAACCUGAUGGCCUACGAUUUCCACGGCAAGUGGGAACGUGAGACCGGCCAUAAUGCUCCACUCUACGCUCCAUCAUCAGACUCGGAGUGGAGGAAGCAGCUGUCAGUGGACCACGCUGCCCACUUGUGGGUUAAACUUGGCGCUCCUAAGGAGAAGCUGAUCAUUGGUAUGCCAACAUACGGACGAACGUUCACUCUGACCAACCCAAACAACUUCAAAGUGAAUUCUCCAGCCAAAGAUGGAGGAAAAGCUGGCGAGUACACAAAGGAAGGGGGUUUCCUCGCUUACUAUGAGGUUUGUGAGAUGCUCCGCAACGGCGCUACCUAUGUAUGGGACGACGAAAUGAAGGUACCUUACGCUAUCAAGGGUGACCAGUGGGUUGGCUUCGAUGAUGAAAAAGCUAUCAGGAACAAAAUGAGAUGGAUCAAGGACAAUGGUUUCGGAGGUGCUAUGGUGUGGACCGUUGAUAUGGACGAUUUCUCCGGUGACGUAUGCGGUGGAAACGUCAAGUAUCCUCUGAUUGGUGCUAUGAGGGAGGAACUCCGUGGUAUUUCUCGUGGUAAAGACGCUAAGGAUGUAGACUGGUCGACCGUUGCCGCUAGCGUGGUCGUGGAAGUGACUGAGAAGCCUCAACCACAAGUCAUCAGCCUCGAAGAAGUUCUUAGCAAAGUCAAGAAACCCACCAAGCACGUCAUCAUCAAGAACAAGAACUCUGCCAUCGUUGAUAAGAACAAGCGUGACCCACAGGUCCUGUGUUACCUUACUUCCUGGUCCUCGAAACGUCCUAGUGCUGGGCGCUUUUUACCAGAGAACGUUGACCCCAACCUCUGCACUCACGUCAUCUAUGCCUUCGCCACCCUCAAGGACCAUAAGCUCGCUGAAGGCGACGAGAAAGACGCCGAUAUGUACGACAAAGUCAUCGCUUUGAGAGAAAAGAACCCUAACUUGAAGAUACUCCUCGCCAUCGGUGGUUGGGCGUUCGGUUCUACUCCUUUCAAAGAACUGACCUCAAACGUAUUCAGGAUGAACCAGUUCGUCUAUGAAGCCAUCGAGUUCCUUAGGGACUAUCAGUUCAACGGAUUGGAUGUCGACUGGGAGUACCCUAGAGGAGCCGACGACCGCGCUGCUUUCGUAUCACUUCUGAAGGAACUUCGUCUGGCCUUCGAAGGCGAAGCUAAGACCUCGGGCCAGCCGCGCCUGUUGCUGACCGCAGCCGUACCAGCGUCCUUUGAAGCUAUUGCUGCUGGCUACGAUGUUCCUGAGAUCUCCAAAUACUUGGACUUCAUCAACGUGAUGACCUAUGACUUCCACGGCCAAUGGGAGCGUCAAGUUGGACACAACAGCCCCCUCUUCCCUCUUGAGAGUGCCACCAGCUACCAGAAGAAACUUACUGUCGAUUAUUCAGCCCGUGAGUGGAUCCGCCAGGGUGCCCCUAAGGAGAAACUAAUGAUUGGCAUGCCAACAUACGGCAGGUCAUUCACCCUUAUCAACGACACUCAAUUCGAUAUCGGAGCUCCGGCCUCUGGUGGUGGCAACGCCGGCCGCUACACCAACGAGGCUGGAUUCAUGUCGUACUAUGAGAUCUGCGAGUUCCUCCGCGAGGACAACACGACCCUCGUGUGGGAUAACGAGCAGAUGGUGCCCUUCGCCUACAGGGAGGACCAGUGGGUCGGCUUCGAUGAUGAGAGGUCCUUGAAAACUAAGAUGGCUUGGCUCAAAGAAGAAGGUUUCGGUGGCAUCAUGGUUUGGUCAAUCGACAUGGACGACUUCCGAGGAUCCUGCGGCACUGGCAAAUACCCUCUUAUCACUGCCAUGAAGCAAGAGCUUAGUGGAUACAAAGUGAACCUUGAGUUCGAUGGACCUUACGAAUCCUCCAACCCUAAUGGACAGUACACUACUAAAGAUCCCAACGAAGUGACCUGCGAAGAAGAAGACGGCCAUAUCUCCUAUCACCCCGACAAAGCCGACUGCACCAUGUACUACAUGUGUGAGGGAGAGAGAAAGCACCACAUGCCUUGCCCCUCCAACCUCGUCUUCAACCCUAACGAGAACGUCUGUGAUUGGCCAGAGAACGUUGAAGGUUGCCAGCACCACACUCAAGCGCCUGCUGCUAGACGAUAAGACACUUUAUGUGUAGGAUUUUUGUAGAUUUCUGUUCAUUUUUGCUCUGAGACAUCUGGUUACAUUUAUUAAGGUAUUUUGGGUUUAAAUGUCGUUGUAGGAUGUAUUUAAGGGAUACUACUAAGUAUUCACCAUUCAGUGCUUUUAAAGGACUCGUUGAAUCUUCUAUUGGAUCUUUUGAGACAAACACACACACAAAUAAAGUAUUUUUUUUAAGUUUAGCUAAUCGUCAUUCUAUAAAAUAUAAAGCUAAGUGAUUCUGAAAUUGUCAGUCACGAUAAUUUUGUAAUUGUAAAUUGACAUAAUGAGCAAAAUUGAACAGAAUAUUGUAUGUAUGUAUAAUGACUGUUAAAACUCUACUUUUUAAGAAUAAUUACAUUGUUGUUGUGUACAAUAAUGAUAGCAAAUCCCUAACUUACUUAAUCACAUUUUCAACCACCAAUACUAUAAGUUCUACAGAAUAAUGCUUAAUGCGAAAAUUAAUAUUUAUUGGCGAUUUGUACCGAUCAUCAGAUGGAUACGAUUGUGUGAUAUAAUUAUUUUAUUGUAAAUUUUUAACAUUGGUAAACCAGAUAGACGUAUAUAUUUAAAAAUUACAUUAGGUUAGACUUUCCCAAAGACCCACAAUGUUUAAAAUAUUUUAUUGAUUUGUUUAGAUCGGUAAAUGACUUAAUGAUUUUUUUGCACUGCUAAUCAAAUUAAUAAAGGUAUGCUAGGUAGGUACAUAAUACUCAAAGAAAUCACUUUUAUUAUAAACCCCUAAAAUAUGGUGUGUCUUUGGGACCGUUAUUUAUUAGUUGAUCUACAAUGUGGUUGUUAUAGGAAAUGAUCCUUUCUAUCGUCUUCUUAAACUCAAUUCACAAAUUGAUACAGCGAUUCCGCCGCGGUAAAAUCAAACUCUUAAAUUGAUAUGAAAUCGCGCGAAUCCGUUCACAACACACUAGCGGGUACGACGCAAAAAUGCUCAAUUCUUAUAACAAUCAUGUUGUAGUAAUAAAAAGCUUCUUUAUUUUAAUGUGUUAUCGGAUACUGGAAUCAGCUACGAUCACUGCCUUUUAUACUGCCAAUAUCGAGGAGAGGUCAACAAUAACAAAGGUUAUAAAUUGUGACAUUAUUGUAGGUAAAGUUAUCAUAAAUUAAGUAGGUAAGCCUGUAAAUAUUGUAUUUAGAUACAAAGAGUUGUAAGAGUAUUAUUAAAGA